AACAUAAUAUAAUAAAAUACUCUUCUAUCGAUGGGGGAAAUUGUAAAUUCACUUUUGUAGGUGAUUUCAAUGUCGGUUAAAAGCCCAAAAUCUAAAGGAUGUCCGAAUUUUUCUACCUGGCAAAUUUAUGAAUCGCGAUAAAACAUGGGAACAAUAAUUAAUAUGAUAAUUUUGGAAUAAUAUAUUUUUCACGUACAGUUUUAAUAGCCUGUAAUCAUUUUGAGAGAAUAAUCAUAAUUCAUCUUUAUGUAUACAUAUUAUCGAUUUUUUUAUAAUUUCACUCUUUUCACUUUUACAAAUAUUUUUACGCUUGCAUCGCGAAACUGCACGCAUUGAAUCCCUUUUCAAGAUUUUUAUUCAUUCAUAACACUCUGACCGAAAAAUCAUUAAAUUAUCACUUUUCAGGCUCUUGAAUAGAACUUUAUGCAACGGUUGUGAAUAUGCUUUUACGGAAAUAAGCGGGGUUACAAUUGUCCCGAAUGCUAGAAAAUACUCUAUGCAGUUUAUAUAUGAGUAUACUUGAGGCUAUGUGAUUAACCCCUCAUUCUGCAGAAAAAGCACAUCCAUACCGACACCUGAUGCACAAAGUACUAUUAUGAUCUUCCUAUUUAAUAUUUUUUCCCUUAUAGAAGUUGCUUAUUCAUCACGUUCAAUUUUGUAGAUUUUUAUUAUAGAAAGUUAAAAUUACAUUCAAUUGCCAGAACACAUGAUAUAGGUACAUCACGGGUUUAAAUCGCACACUCACGUCCUCUUGAUGUUGGUUCUGGUACUCUGUGAGCCAGCUUUACUCGGCCUAUCGGCUAUCACUCUGUGCAUCUACAUAUGUCUAUUUUCUUUGCUUGCAUAUUUUGUAAACUUUCAACGGUAUCUGUGCGUGGUACUGUUGUACUUGGUUGACAGUUGACACCUAUAGUAAACUGUGAACUGAGAGUGCGAAUUUUGGAAUCAAAAGCGAUUUAAAAUUACAGAUUCACAGACCAAUGCCAAUGGAUUUAGUACAUGUAUGAGUUGUAUCAAGUUUAUAGCGACAAGAUUACAACUAUUAACCUAACCAAUAAAGAGAAAUAAAUUGCGUGUUGCACUUUUACUUGUUUAUAAAAACGUCAACAAUGAGUGACGACGAUCGAGAUAUAGAUAUCGAAAGUGAUUAUGCUGAAAAGAGAGCACAUCAUAAUGCUCUUGAAAGGAAAAGGCGAGAUCAUAUUAAAGAUAGCUUUUCCAGCCUACGGGACUCUGUGCCAUCUUUACAAGGAGAAAAAGUGGCCAGCAGAGCUCAAAUACUCAAAAAAGCAGCAGACUACAUUCAAUUUAUGCGACGCAAAAACUCAUCACACCAACAAGACAUUGAAGACUUGAAACGUCAAAAUAAUAUUAUUGAAGCUCAAAUUCGUGCAUUGGAGACAGUCAGUGCAACCGGAAAAUUUGAUUCUGAGUCCUGUGAUGCAUCAAAAGACUCAUUGGAUAAUUCAAAUGAAUCAGAUACAAAUUCUUCAGGCAGCAGUGAAAUAGCUGAUCCUACGCGACGUCCAAAAAAAAUGAAAGUUUCUCAGAUCCAUCAUCAAUAAAUUACUUUCAAAAAUUAGAAUUUAACAUCCAUCAUGAUUUUAUUUCAAGAUAUCGCUUUAUUGUAAUUAUCGCAAAUGUUAUAACAAUUGUAAACUAGUUUUAUAAGGUGUGUAGAUUAGAUAUAAUGAGAAGUUCAUGAUAUUCAAAAUAAUAUAUUUCCUGAAUAUUGUUGAAAGUUGCUUCUACAUUACUAUUAAUAAAUGUAAUAACCUUUAGAGAACUGAGAUGACGCCUUGAGACGUCAUACCCCAACUUGUCUAAGACUUUGCCUCAGUUUAAUCUUUUGUGAAUGACUUGAACUCACUUUUUUAUCAAAGAAAAUGAGCUUUUGAAAUUUCUUAAAUUCUGGUUCUCAAUAGGUUAAGGAAGACCACUUAUAGACUUUUCGUGAUAUGGAAAAAGAAUGACUCAGUCUGAGUAUGUACUGUACUUUUUUAUACGUUUAUGCUAUUUAAUAAUUUUUAAGGGGCUUCAAGGUUAUAAAUAUGAUUUGUGAUUAAAAAUUUGAAAUCUACAUGAAAUUUUACAUAAAAAUAUACGAUUUUACAAUUUUUUCAUAUUCACCUCAGAAAAACAGAAUAACAUCAACAAAUGAAAACCCAACUUUGAGCUCCUAUAUAUCUAUGUAGGAUGAACCUAGAGGGCUACAAUUUUCAGGAUUAUCAUUUUUCGAUGCACUUUUUGAGAGUAUAUUACUAAGGCUGAAAGUCAUUUUUUUGGCAUAUUACACUUAACUAUGAAUAGUUGUAAACUUCUACAUGAUUCAUUUCGCAAUAUUUUUAAAUACUAAAAAUUGUGCAAUAGAAUCAACUGAAUAAAUUUUUCGUAACUUA